AUGGUCACCACAGUGGCUACAGAUAGCACUUUGACACACGAAAAAGGAAUACAUUCUCUUGAAAAAUCCUUAGAGCAGCACUCAAGCAGUAGUACUACCACUCCUUCCAUAUUAUUACAUGUUUCAUGGUCUCAAAAAAUUGAACACACCAAACAUGAAAUGGAUUAUUUAUUGAAACAUCAUAUUGAGACAUGUUCUGCCUUUACUAAUCAUGACCUAGAACAAUAUCAUGCCAUAUUAAGGGAGGAUCAUCAAGAAGAAGAAGAAGGCAAAGAUUAG